GCAGUACACAGAUAACAAAAAGUACGUUACUCUCGACAUUGUCUACUUCCGUGUCUUCAAGCGGAUCGAAGUCCUCAGUUGGACCGUCAGUGUCAGGCAGUACGCAUGAGAUAACAAAAGAUACAGUUUUCUCGACCUUGUUUACUUCGGGGUCAUCAACUGGAUUUAAGUCCUCAACAGGAUCAUCAGUGUCAGAUAGUAGUCAUGCAAUUACAAAGAAUACACUUUUCUCGUCAUUAUCUACAGUGUCUUUUAUAAAUUUAAUUACAGCGCGUCCUUACAGAGAUGAUGAAAGUUUCUCAGCCAAGCUUUCGAGGCGACUGUAUCAGUCAUGCCAAGAAUCUAAUAGCCAAAUUGAUUUGGAAAGUGAUGAGAUUCAAGAACUCCACAACUUUGUAGAUUCGCUGGGUAUGAAAGAUAAUGCAGACAUACCUAGCACUGUUGAGGAGGUGUUACGUGGUGCUGUGACCAUGUUUGAAGUAUCACCUUUCUUCAAAAUAUCAACAACUCCAGCAUUUAAUGAAAAUGGAGACUACGUUACUGCCUUGAAGCUGGAACCAACGUCAGAGUAUGUUCAGUUAAAGAUGUAUAGCAAUACUGUGAUCAAAGGAGGGGAAUCAUACAUAUAUGUAGACAGGUUAACAACACUUCUGCAGUCAUACAUUACCACAAUGGGAUCAAGACGCAAACGUCAAAGCAUCUGGUAG